UCAUCGUUCGAAAUGACGAUUGGAACACUCGUCGUGAGAAAUCCCUGAAGCGAUCGCGAAUCGUGCUCGAGAGAAGACGGUCAUCGAGAUCUUCCUUAGAACAAAUAUCGUUCGAGCAGGUUAAUCUUUCGAAAAUGACACCCUUGCUGACUUACUUUCUAUUGACGUUGAGCUGCGUCGUCGACACGACGAUCGCUAAAGAUGGAUCGAACAUCCUCCGGCUCGGAAAAUCGCGGGACAAGAUCGCGACCACGACCGAAACGCCUAAUUCGAACCUGACCGAUUACAAGGAUGACAAACUGCCGAAAGAACGCGGACGAUUGGUCGGAUUCAGCAAGAACAACCCGGAACUCGAUUGGAAGAACAUUUUGAAAGUGUUUGACGCCAAGGAGGAGGAUCGCGCGGAUCUAGACGUCGAUUUUACGAAGGAGAAGCUCGAGAAAACGGCCAACAGUAUCCAGUGGCUGGCGGAUAUUUACGAUCCCUUAAAGUGGUCUAGAGUGCCUGGGAAACUCGACGGCGAUUGCAGGACUGACUUGGAAUUCUUCUUGAAGUCUCUCAAGGAUGGAAAGCCGUGGGCCGCCAAGAUGUCGGACGCAAGCGGUCGUUACUCGUCGCAAUUUCAUUUCGGAAACGGAUUUUGGCUCGGCUCGAGAAGUCUCUGCCGAGAGGUGAACUCCACCCACGAAAAAGUUGACAUGGGAAUCGACGUCAAACCACCUUAUCCGAUCAAUUUCCACGUAGCUAGAAUGUAUCUGACUUUGCCGCAGGAGUUCGAAAUUUCCACAAGGCAAGUAUUUUUGGGUCUCUGUCUGCCGGCUACGUGUAACCGGACGUCGCUGACCUCGAUGCUGAAAGCUAGCGCGGAUCGAGUCGAACUGGAAGGCAAUUCGACUUAUCGAUCGACCGGCCCGAAGAUUCACAUCGUCGAGGUGAAACCUGUGCCUUCGAGCAAUUACAGUCCUUGGCGCGAUCCCAAGUUGUAUGUCCUCUCAGGAAUCGGAGGAGCGGUAAUUUUGCUGAUGGUGUGCGCCACGAUCUACGAAUACAGCUUUACGCCAAACGUCAUGGACAUCGAAUCCUCGAGCGUGUCGAACAAUAACGAGAGGCUCGACAAUUUCUCCAACAAAAACUUGAAUCAGGAUCGCCGAAUAUCCAUGGGUCAAGAGGAAGGAGAAGAAAAGAGCCUGCAGAAAGAUCUGCCGGAACAAGCAAACAAGAAAGAUAAGAGAGGACUUUGGUUAACGUGCCUGGCUGCUUUCAAUCCUAUUUCGAACGGAAGCAAAAUCCUCAGCACCGAGCCUGCGGCUAGAGAGAAUUUGACUUGUCUGCACGGACUACGAGUGUUCUCGCUGGGCUGGGUCGUCAUGGUGCACACCUAUCUCCAGGUGUACGCCAUCGCAGAGAACAAGACGUUGCGCACGGUGACCGAGCGGAACUUCAUGUUCCAGACGAUCAGCAACGCCACCUUCUCCGUGGACACAUUCUUCUUCAUCAGCGGUUUACUGGUUACGAUCCUUUUCUAUCGAUCCGCCGGGAACUUGAAGAGCGACAACAGCACCUUCCUGAAGACGUGUUUCACCAAAUUUAUCAUCAUGAUUCUCUACAGAUUCAUCAGGUUAACCCCGGCGUACCUCUAUGUUCUGGGAAUGAACGAGAUCGCCAUAAAACAAGCUCAAGCAACGACCGUUUUCUUUCCCGUGAUCAUCGAUCACGUGACGUGCGAAAAGUUCUGGUGGAGGAACGCGCUCUACAUAAACUCGUUGUAUCCCCGAUCGGAAAUGUGUAUGCUGUGGAGCUGGUACAUGGCAAAUGACACGCAGUUCUACGCUCUCGGAAUACUUUUGCUUCUUCUGUCCAUUAAAUAUUUAAAGGCCAUCGCAGUCGCUGUUCUUUUCCUGAUCGCCUCCUCGUGGUUCACCACCUUCUUCGUGGCCUACACCAACGAUUACGUCGCCAGGAUUCAAGAACCUUUCGCCCUUUUCGACGAGCUCUACGAUAAACCCUGGCUGAGGGCUGGUCCUUACUUUGUCGGCAUUAUCACCGGCUACAUCCUCUUCAGGACGAAUUGCAAAUUGAAACUGCCGCUGAUAGCGCAAACGAUCGGUUGGCUGUUAUCGACCGGCGUGAUGUUCCUGGUAGUUUACGGUCUAUAUCCCGGAAAUUUAACUGUAGCGAUGAGCUCCGCGUACGCCGCCUUAGGACACACCGCCUGGGCGUUGGGUGUAUCCUUCAUAGUGAUUCAAUGUUGCACCGGAUCCGCCCGAAUGAUCGACAGCUUGCUGUCGCUCCGGCUGAUGUUUCCGCUCUCGAGGUUGACUUACUGUGCAUACUUGGUGCACCCUGUCAUCAUGCUGAUCACUGUUAGCCAGAUGGACGGCCCGUUGCACCUUCACAACGGUCUUGUGCUGAUCCUGUACCUCGGCAAUCUCGUCGCUUCGUACUUGACGUCGUUCUGCAUUUCUAUCGCGCUCGAAGCGCCCGUAGUCAAUCUGCUAAAGAUUGCUUUUAUCUCGAAGAAGAGGAUAAGGUAGAAGGAAAAGUUGGAAAGCGCUCUAUCGCGCGAUCAACGCGGACGGAAAUAUUUGUAGUCCUUCGACGAGGGGAGCCCCGUUCCAGGACGGUCUGGCGCACGUUUUCAGGAUAGAAUAGUCGACGUCCGCGAGUUCAUCGGGAAAAGGUUGUUCGACGACGCCGACGUUCGAUUCGGUCACGAAACACGGAACUCAACGCCUACCCAUUCUGUGAAUAUUCAUCGCGAACGAUGAUCCCCGUAUCGACGAUGC